AUGUGGAUCGGUGGUAUCCCCGAGAGCCUCUUUGAUCGCGUAACGCAAGGGUUACGCGGCGAUCUCGAACAUGAGCGGGACAGGCGUCUUCAACUGGCGGACACUGUCUUGAAGCAUCGAGCUGAGUUUGCCUUUGCCCAGCUUGGGAACGAGAGAUCUCUGACAUCUCUUCGUGACGAGCUAAGGGUAGCUCGUGGGAUUGUUGAUCGGUCUCGGGAUGAGAUAGCUGCUCUUCAGACCCUUGUUGAUGCCCACCAUCGGGAGAACAAGGCUCUCUGCGAGAUGCUUGAGCGCAAGGGCGUUCUUCGUCGGAAGAAGCAGCGUACUGAUGGUACGGCUUAA